GACCAGAGAGGAGGAAAGAGAGGAGGAGGACAGAGAGAGGAAGAGGAUACACAAGAGGAGGAGAGGAAUGGAGAGGAGAGGAGGGGAGAGGAGUAUACACACUCUUGAUGGGAUCUUGGCAAUAAUGAAAUGGGAGGGAUGAAGGAUAAACUCCACUGACCUCUGCAGGAGAAUACAAUAAGCUCAACUGGCUGUGAAAUCAUGAGCGCUCCCACGUCAGGAACCCCAAAUAUGGAGGUGAAAGUGGUUUCCCAGGAGAUGGCAUUGCUUAGCAACAUACUAGCAGCUUACACCUUCAUUGCAGACCAACCCGAGAGGACAGCCUUGGUGUUUCUGGGCGGUGUCUGUGUUGGCCUUCUUGUCACACUCUGCGCCAUCAUCUUCCAGAUACACUGUCGAGCAGACUGUCACUAUGGCAACAGUAAGCACCAUCGCCACAGGAACAGGCAUCAUCACCGUCGCCAUCACGGCUGUCCCCUCCAUCAGCCCAUUGACAGUAAUCCAGACAACACUGCUGUUGUUGCCUCUGGAGGGACUGCGCCUGCUGGGGACAGCGAAUCAGAGGACUGGGAUGACACCUCUGACAUGUCUUCACGGAGGCGCAGACGCUUUGAGAGAGCUCUGCUGCACGCCACCAUGUUCACAUCAGCUGAGGAGCUGGACCGAGCCCAGAGGCUGGAAGAGCGGGAGCGGAUUCUCCGAGAGAUCUGGAUGAACGGACAACCAGACAUCAGUACAGUCACUCAAAGCCUCAACAGAUAUUACUGACACACAAUCAAAUACGUGUCAGUAGUCAGAAAGACAUGAAGAUAGACAGACGAGGAGAUGGAUAAACAGUGAAUUAGUCUCGCAUUGCCAGAUCUAUCUCCACAGCGCUGCAUAGGAAAAAAAUGACAAAUAUGGAUAAAAUGAACACAAACCAUCAGGUUGGGAGUGCUGUCUUCACUGCACCAAAGAGACUCUUACAGAUUAAACUAUUAGUGACAGUACUGCCGGGAGCAGUCCCCUCCACUCUGUUAACAACAAGGAAAACAUAUGAGUUGUGAUGGCUCAGUCCAAUACAGGAUGACACUGUAUAUAAUGUUUGAAAGAAGAAUGUCCUUGUGCCCCGAAAAGCCAACAAGUAUGACACAAAGGAUCUACAGAGAACACACUGUGAUAUGUAAUUGCUGUUGGUGAAAACUGUAAAAGAGAUUUUAUAACUUUUCAAUUUUUUAACACUAAUUUUUAACUUUUAAAAAACAGCGGGCGAGAUGUUAGCUCAAUGCGAAGAUACAUUUACACAUACUGGUGCUUGUACUGCUGUAAAUUCCCAGAAAAAGAGAAUACUUAUAGGAAGGACACUCAGUGGCUGUGGUGGGUUGAUAAAAUAUGAAAGGUAUAACCUGACAAGUCUGUUGGUUGCAUCUGGAGGCUGGAGGCUUAUCAGCUACAGGUGUUGUUGCACAAGGACAUACGUAGGACAGCAGGUCAUCAUGUUUGAGAAGAUCAUGCUGCCUUUCUUUCUUUGGCUCAUUUGGUAAUGAGCUGAAAACAUUUAUAAACUUUAAUUCCAAUUUUUGAAGCUGUUUUCUGUACAUAUUGAGUAAAAUUAUGACUUAAAAUUAAUAUUGUGGCUCACAUUCCAUCAACAGUUUUUAAGUGUCUUUGGGUACUGUAUGUUGUGCAUGGAUCUCAUCUGGUGGGAGUCCAGAACAGAUGAUAUGUCCAGAGAAUGAUCUUGUUGACAGCAUUAAAAAUUAAUAUUGAAUUUUUACCAAUUA